GCCCGCGAGGAGGGGGUGGCAUGGCGGGCAAGGAUGACACCGGAGUUCGACGAAGAAGUGGUGUUUGAGGUGAAAGCAGCUGAGGUGACAGUGCUGAUGAACAAUAGGAUGAGUUGAAACUGAGGAACUUUUCUCACAUUGAGAAGUGCAUGUUCAAGAACAUGUGCAGAAUUCCCCGCUAUACCAAUAUCUGCAGGAUUUGGGACACACAGAUUUUGAAGUAUGUUCCUCGGUGUCACAGAAGGCAGAGCAAUGUGCAGCUGCAGAAAGCCAAAGGGAGCAGACUCUGCGUGCUGCCCAGAAGCAAGGCAUCCUGUCAAAACUAGUUGAGUUUUUUAGAAGCUGGUUUCCUUUUCCACUGUAUAAGAAAAAUGAUGACAUACUUCACCGACUGGAUGUUGGAUUUCGAUUUGACACGCUCCGUACCAUCCUGCAACAGGAAGUUCUGCUGCAGGAGGAUGUGGAACUGAUUGAAUUCCUUGACCCCAGUAUCCUGUCUGCAGGGCAGUGUAAGCAACAGGAAAACAGACAGCUUCCAACGCUACGCUCCCUAGCAACUCCUAAUAUUUGGGAUGUCUCGCUGCUCCUUGCCUUUGUAAGUGCGCUGCUCAUGUUUCCUUCGUGGUGGAAGGGAUCGUCAUGGCUGCUGUGCGGGCCCCUGCUGCUCCUCUAUGCAGCCUCUAGGGCGUGGGGCACGUGGAGGACAGCCAGGCUGCAAAUGUCCCUGCGGAAAUGCUCUGUCCAGCUGGAAGAAACAGUGGCCAACAGCCGGGCCUUUACUAAUCUCGUGAGGAAAGCACUACGACUCAUUCAAGAGACUGAAGUGAUUUCCAGAGGAUUUACCCUUUUGCUUGACAGGGUCAGUGCCGCUUGCCCAUUUAAUAAAGCUGGACAGCAUCCUAGCCAGCACCUGAUCGGCCUGCGCAAAGCCGUGUACCGCUCCGUCAGAGCCAACUUCCGAGCUGCAAGACUGGCCACUCUGUACAUGCUGAAAAAUUACCCUCUGAACUCGGAGAGCGACAACGUGACCAGCUACAUCUGUGUGGUCCCCUUUAAGGAGCUGGGUCUGGGACUGAGUGAAGAGCAGGUCUCUGAAGAGGAGGCACACAAUCUGACUGAUGGCUUCAGCCUGCCUGCACUCAAGGUCCUCUUUCAGCUGUGGGUAGGGCAGAGCUCAGAAUUUUUCAGGAGGCUGGCGCUGCUGCUGUCCCCGGCCAACGCGUGCCCCGGCCAACGCGUGUCCCCGGAGCGGCUGCCUCACCACAUGCUGCGCGACGUGAGCCAGGGCCUCCCUCACACGCACGCCGCCUGCCUGGCGGAGCUCCGCAGGAGCUACGAGUUCUACCGCUACUUCGAAACCCAGCACCAGGCGGGCCUGCAGUGGCCGGCCCGGAGCAAGCAGCAGUGCAGGGAGCUGAACAGCCUGCAGACAGCGGUGCGCAGCUUGCAGCUGCAUCUCAAGGCCCUGCUCAAUGAGGUAAUAAUUCUUGAGGAUGAGCUUGAAAAGCUUGUUAGCACUAAGGAGACACCCGAGUUGACAACAGAAGCCCAUCAGGUUCUGGAACAAAAACUAAAGUUUAUUCAGCCUCAUAUGCAGGCAAGCAACAGCUGCUGGGAAGAAGCCAUUUCUCAGGUGGAAAAAAUGAGUGGAAGAAACCCAAAUAAAAAAGGCAAAAUUGAAGUUUCCUGUGACAACCUACAGCAUACUACCGUACCUUUAACACAGCCUGCCAUAUACAUAGAAAACAAAGAUCCAAUCCCUGAAGAGCAGGAACUGGAAGCAUAUGUUGAUUAUUCAGAUACAGAUAAUGAAUACAAAAGGGAAGAUUUUUACUGCUUCUCCCAAGAAGAAAGAGAGAGGCAAGAGCGAGAGAGACAGGAAUCCAAGAGGGUGUUACAAGAAUUGAAAUCUGUACUGGGAUUCAAAGCUUCAGAAAUUGAAAGACAGAAGUGGAAACAGCUACUAUUCAGUGAACAUGCUGCAGUGAAACCCUUGUCUCCUGUAGAACCAUUGAAGCUACUAAAUAAUGUGGAAUCACAUAUGAAUUCAGAUACAGAAAAGCAGGACUGCAGCCAAAGUUGUGAUAAAUCUGAAGAAAAAGACUCUAAUCCAGAAGUGAAUGCUGCUGAUAAAAGCAGGACAGAAUAUUUGUAUGAAGAUCCUGAGAUGGAGAAAAACAAAGACAGUGUUACAGGUACAGAUGUUUCUACGGGGGCUGAAGAAAGAAUGUAUUAUCAGUGUGAAGGGGAUGCUGAAGAGCUCAAGCCAAGCAGUGUGGAUGGAGUAGAGGCUUCACAGCCUCCCUCUAAGGAUGCAUUACAUUCAAAAAUCAAGGAUAGGCUGGCCCAGCUCCACAUAUCAACAGAUUUUAACUUCACGUCUGGUCUGGCUGCGCAAGUUGCUGCCAGAUCUUUCACUUUUACUACAAUGCAGGAAGAGACUUUUGGAGAUGAUGGGGAGGAGGAGGAGGAAGAAGAAAAGACACAGGAGAAUGAAGACCUUGUGGAGAACUGUGAAAAUGAAGAGAGAGGCUCUGAAAGUGAAGGAAAAGUAUAAGUCUGAGCUGAACUUUAUUAAACUAACAGCAGGCAGUUUGAUGAAAAAGAACAAAGGUGGGGGGUUGAAGGUGAAAAUACUGGAUGGGAAAAAAAGGAGACCUAAAUAUAAUACAUCAUGUUCCCUAAGACUGAUACACUAAAUAAGACUUCUAAGUAUAUUGAAAAUUUGCAGGUAAGAGAAGUUUGGGCUGCAUCCAAGAAAUAGAUGGCUGUCCCUUUUUAAGAUCCUAGUGACAGGGGUUGGAAUUUAACUUUGUGUUUUCUGUUUUAUUUAUUUAUAUUAUGACAUAUUGUAGUUUGUCAUUUCUAAAAAGAAGGAAAAACAAUGUUUUCAUUUACAACAGACUCCAUUUUUUUGCUCUCUGAUUCUUUUGUCAUGGUAUCCAUGUUUGUUCCAACAAAAACAGUCAGGACAUUUCUUUUGGAAGAACCUGAACUGUUCCCUGUGAUCUUCCCCCACCACUUUUGUUUCACUUCUUGUGUCUGCAGUGUGUUGGCUAAGCCAUGAUAGGUAUUUGUGAUUCUGCAACUAGUGAUGUGGCACCCAGCUAAAAUGUAGAAUUUUAAAUAAAAACUUGAAAGAGCUAGUA